CAUAUGUAUGUACUUUUUCAACAUUAAGAAUAGUACCUUUAAUCAGGAAACUAACAUUUCUUAUAUUUGAGUCAUACCCAGUUAUACCUGUGUAAUUUUUGAGCUUAAAAAUUGCCUCUCAACUCGGUUUGAUCCAUGAUAAAUGAAUAGAAAUGAUAAAUGAUAUCGAUAUUUUGUAAUUAGUUGAUUUUCCUAUGAAAUGUAGAUGAAAAUUAUUUAUAUUAAUUAAUUAACAAAAAAUAUAACAAUUGAGAAAGUUGUAUUUUGACAUAAUUAACUUCAUAGUAAUGUGACUGAAAUCGCCCUCGUGUGUAUUUUAAAUAAUAUAUAGUGGUGAUAUGAACGGCAUAUGUAUAUGAAACGUAACAUCGUUUGUGUUCAAAAAGGGACGAAGUGGUGUUUCAUAUUUCAUAAAUAUUAAUAUUUGUAAUGUUGAUGACUAGAAAAGAAAUCAAAACGGAAAGAUAAAAAUUUAGGGUGUUUAUUGUAAAAUGGUUUCUUGUAACAAGGAAACAUUUGUUUGCAUGCGUACGCUACGUGUAAAGUGCCCGCAAUGGUACAUCGAUCUGAUAAUGGAAAAAAUAAUGUUUACGUGAAUAGUAUAAUUUUGCACACAUGUAUAUCUGUAAUACAGCAAGUAGAAUGGGAAAGCAAAACGGAUCUUGUUGGUGGUUUGUAAAAGCCGUAAAAUGGAUACCAGUUAUUUUCAUCCUGACCAUUGUCUUAUGGUCAUAUUAUGCUUAUGUGGUGCAGUUAUGUUUUUAUACAGUAGAUAAUUAUGUUCAAAAAGUCUCCUACUUAUUUUUCUAUCAUAUUCUAUUUUUCUUAUUCUUAUGGUCCUAUUGGCAAACUGUAUUUGCAGAUUUGUUAGAAGUACCAAAUAAGUUUAGAAUACCAGAUGUAGAAAUGGAAAAAUUCCAGCAAGCUGUAACUGAAGAGGCACAGAGACAAAUUUUAGAAAGACUUGCACAAGACCUUCCAGUCACAAAUCGUACUAUAAAAGGAGUAAUACGUUUUUGUGAAAAAUGUCAGUUAAUUAAACCAGACCGGGCUCAUCAUUGUAGUGUGUGUAGCACAUGUGUUUUAAAAAUGGAUCAUCAUUGUCCAUGGGUAAACAACUGUGUAGGUUUUCACAACUAUAAAUUUUUUAUGCUGUUCCUGGCAUAUGCCCUACUGUAUUGUAUAUUCAUUACUGCUACAUCUUUACAAUACUUUAUACGCUUUUGGAAAGGAGAGUUGGAUGGAAUGGGUCGAUUUCAUCUACUUUUCUUAUUCUUUGUGGCACUGAUGUUUGCUGUUAGUUUAAAUUCUCUUUUCUUUUACCACUGUUAUCUUGUUUUACAUAACAGGUCGACAUUAGAGGCAUUCACACCACCAAUGUUUCGUACAGGAAAGGACAAAGAUGGUUUUAGUCUUGGAAAGUACAAUAAUUUCCAAGAAGUAUUUGGUGAUAAUCCUAAGCUAUGGUUCCUUCCCAUUUUUACUAGGUGGACUAAUAGUACAACUUUACAAGACUGUCGUUUUGUAUAUAAAACAUAUAAACAUAUAAGUGAAGAAAAUGUCUUGGAAACGGCGUCACCUUUCCAGUACGUGCACAACAUCAAGGCACACCAAAUACUUACGACUCCAUGGGCAGUACUCGAAACAGUUUUGGAGAUGGGGUUAACUUUCCUGAACGGCUGUGCAAUGAAGACACACAUACUCUGUUGGGACAUACUACCCAACAGUGGGGUGAUGAGACCGAGCUUGAUUCUCCACCUCCUUAUGGGUCACAAUCAGCACUGCUGUGAUAGGAUCGCCUACUGAUGCCAACCAGCCAUUGGUGGAUGGAACUGAACUUGCUUGAGACAACAUUUUCCAAAUGCUUUGUUUAUUUUUAACAAAUAUUCAACGGUAAUAGAUUUUGGUUUCAAAAGUUUGGUGUAUAUCCUUAGUUUAAUAAUUUUAGAAAAAUAUUACAAAAGAUAUUUCAUUGACUUCAUAAGUGAAAAUAGAUUUUGCUAGAGUUUUAUUACUGCCAAUCCGUUGUUCUGUUUAGUAUAACAGUUUAAAUAUAAAUACAAAUGGUAAUACUAAAAUAACAUUUAUUACUACACAUUGGGAUUUUUAUUAUUUUUUUUAUGUACAAUGUACAUAUUAUACAAAUUGAAAAAAGAUUGUUAACAUAUGUAGGAUAAGUUGCACAAAAUUUUUAACAUUUUAUGUAUGUACAAUAUUGUUAGUAUUGCAGCUAUUUUUAUGUAUAGUAGCAUAUUUGAACCCUAAAAGCUAAAGUGUACUAAGUCCAUUUCUUUCUAUUUAUUCUAUUUCAAAAUUAUUUUCUUAUAAGUUUUUUAAUCUUUAAUAUAGUAGUAUAAAAGAGAUAUGUGGCUCAUAUUUUGUAUCAAGUCCAAUAAUAUAAAUACUCUUAGUAUUUUUAGCUCUAGUACAGUUUAAAUUCAUGGAUGCCUGUUACAGUAUUAAGCUCCAUAACAUUUUUUAUGUCAUGUUUCCUAUAGCAUGUAGAUUGAGGUAAUUUUGGACUUGAUAUCUGUUUUGAAAGAUAUAUUGAAAUCAUGUAACAUUAUUACAAGGCCUUCAUACCCUUGAUUUGUUCUCUAAAUUUUGGGAAAUGUGACUUAAUACACUCUCGUCCUGAAGUCCAGAUACAUGAUCAUUGUUGCAGUUUGGCAUAGUUUAUAAAUAUUAUAUAGCUGCUUAAAAUUUAUGUCACUAUAUAGAGCAUGAAAAAAUAAUUUGAUGGCAAAUAUAAAUUUUCUUAAUUAAGAAGAACUGCUAUUACUGAAUUUAACAAUGUAAAUGUUAACUUCGAAGAAGUGACAAAUUAUUACACAAAAUAGUGUCAAGUCAGCAAUCUGUGGUCAUAGCAUACUUGUUUACUUGAAAUUUUAAAUCUUGAAUAUGGCCUUGAACAGGUCAUAAAUUUGUUAAU